AACAAAACUUAAAAUUGUUCGCCUUAAUAUUAUUUUUAGUUAAGCUAAACAAAAAAUAUUCAAUUGAACUGUAAACUACUUCAAAGUAAUUGGCUCAGGUAAUUUUAUUGUGUUACUUGUUAAAAAUUGACCUAACUUUACAUCCUGCACUGUCAAAAUGUACAAAUUGUAGAUGAACCCUAGUUAAGGCUAGGCCAACUACUCUGCGCAUGCUCAUUUUGACUCCCUGGUUGAGAACGGGGCGGGAUUUUCGAUUUUUGCCGGAAAUGGAUUACGGCCAUCUUGAAAUGGACUUCGUCUGCGGCAAGCAGUCACUUCGGUGACCUUCAACUGAGAUUUAUCGAGCAUAAGUUAUUCUAUGAAGUGCAAGUUUUGCAGUUUUGUCAGCUCCAGUCAAAAAGGUCUAUUAAGGCACCAUCAACUUAGACACAGAAGAGGAGCUCACUGGCCCUGUGUCUACAGUGACUGUGUAUGUACCUUCAAAACCUGUGGAGCAUUACGGUCACAUCUCACCAGAUCACAUUGCAGGAUUGUAAAAAGUCAAGAAACUUUGACCUUUUUUUGUGAUUUGUGUGAAUUCAGAGAAAUUUGCACUCAACGCACUUUUUUUGGUCACCUUGGACAUCAUUUAAAAAAUCAAGAGACACUACGUUGCCCCUUUCUGCGAUGUGAGUUUGAAACUAACAAUUUAAAAACCUUCAGUUCACACAGAAGUAGAAAGCACAAAAAUUCAAAGGAGAUAAGAACAUGUUUAAGAGAGCCUACUGAAAAUGAAAUCUCUGCUGUUGAGACUCAUGCUAUUGACCAGCCAUUGGAUAACUCUGAGUUAGAGGCAUUACAAAGUUGUUCAAGUCAGGAAUCAAGUGACAGUGGAAGAGAUUUUGUUGUGUUAGUCGAGACGAAAUUGCCACCGUUGAGCCAAGGGAUUUUCAAUUAAGAACUGAAGAGCAGCACAACACCUGUGUGGAGGAAAUUGAUUCUACCAACAAACAAAGUGUGAGUGGUGUAAAAAGGGCUUGUGUCCUCAGCAAACAUUUGGCAUACUUCCAUGCAGUGACUGGGUUUCCUCCAGAUAUUUUACACGACUUGUUUGAAGGGGUAAUUCCAGUUGAAUUAUGUUUGUGUCUGAAGGAAUUAAUUCGGAAAGGAUUCAUUACAUUUGAUGGACUAAAUAGCCGAAUAAAAUUGUUUCCUUACAAAUUUUCUGAUAAGGUUAGCAAGCCACAACAAAUUACAAAAGCCAGCUUUGGAUUGGGACGAAUCAGUGGCAAUGGACAUGAAAAUUGGACACUCUUACGUUUAAUUCCUCUUAUGAUUGGGAGCACUAUUCCAGAACAGGAGCCCUCAUGGGAAAUAUUAAUGGACCUUAAAGAGAUAGUUGAGAUUGCUGUCUCUACCACACUCUCAGAGGAAAUACUCUGCUACUUGGAGAGUAAAAUAUCUGACCAUCGAAAGUUGCUUCUUGAUACCUUUCCUGACUUUAAGUUGCGUCCAAAACAUCACUUUAUUGAACAUUAUGCACAUCUUGUACGCUGCUUUGGACCUCUAGUGGACUUGUGGACCAUUCGGUUUGAAUCGAAGCAUAACUUCUUUAAACAAGUGGUGCAUAAUGCUCUCAGUUUCAAAAAUGUGCUUCUUACACUAUCUUCUAAACAUCAACAAAUGAUGGCAUACCACCUUGAUGGCCAGAGUCUGUUCAAAUCAAAACUGUAUGUUGGAAAUGUCAACACAAUCAAAAUUUCAUCCUUAGAAGAAAAACUGAGGGAAGUGAUCAAAAAGAAAUAUCCAACUGAAGAAACUGUGUCCUUUGCCAAAGAUGUUUGUUUGUAUGGGACCCAGUAUGUAAAAGGCAUGGUAAUUUCUUCUGGGCAAUGCAGUGGACUGCCAGACUUCUACAAGAUACAGAACAUAUUGGUGAACUUUGCAAAGGUGUCCUUUGUUGCUACAAAGUUCUCUUCUUGGUUUAUGGAACAUUACAGGUCUUAUCAGCUUAUUGAAAGCAGCUACACAGACAUAGAAAUCCUGGACCCAGAGGCCUUGAAUGAUUACCACCCACUGGCUGCAUACCAAGUAGCAGGGAAGUUGAUGGUGUCCCCCAGGACGUGCCUGUUGCAUUGAUAAUGGCUUUGUUAUUGCGAGUUCACAUAAACCCAAAGCUCAUCCGGAAAAUCAAGUUGACCAAGACUCCUGAAUCUGUGGAGCAACUGCAGGAAGAAUUACGAGAAAGAUUUGCACUGGAAGGUGAAUUCUCUGUACAGUAUGAAGACCCAGAUUUUGGUGAAGCCCUUUGUAACUUAAUGGACAUUGCAGAGUUACCUGCAGAAAGGGCUGUUUUGCACAUUGUUUGGAAUAAUGAAGAAACACCAUCCCCAGCACACUCACAAACGCCCUCGGUCUCCUCCAUCUCUUCUCUUGAUACUGCUAGCAUUAGUUCACCUGCCUCCUCCCACAGCACAUCUAUUGUUACUCAGACCUAUCUGCGCAACAUUUCGAAGUGGCCGUGUCCAUUUCCAAUCCCUGCUUUCUCAUAUGAUGUUGAGUUAAAGCUUCGUAAAGGUAAUGAUGUGCAUGAGAAAACUGGAACAGGUCUGAAUGUAACAAGAGACGUGAAAAUGGAAAUCCUGGACAAGCUGGCACAAGAAAUAUUUGCCCUGAAAGCCUACCCUGAGAAAUAUGAAAUGGAAUCUGUUGCCUUGGAACUUGUCAGGAAACAUCCAUGCCUUAAGGAGCCUGGUUGCGGCACAGGAUAUGAUGGCUGGACAACAAGCAUAAAGUACAAGCUCGGAAACUACCGAUCAAAGCUACGGCAGGCUGGCUGUAAUGAGGUUUCAGUAAAUAAGAAAAGAGGAGGGGAUGAAAAUGUUGAUGGGCGUAGGUUUUCCCUGAAAAAAGCAAAGCGAGGAGAGGUCAAUCAUGUUCCUGAUCAUCCAGAAAACUUUGAUGAUUAUUCACUAGAAGACCAAAGAUGUGUGCUAGUGGAUGCAAUGAAAAAAAAGGAGAAAGACAUGGAACUCAUCAGACAGAAGAUGGAUCUCACGUUCUCCCUCAGGAGAAAAGAGAUUGUGGAGGUUGAGCCCAUGGUCUUGGAAGUACAGGAAAGAUGGCCUGCUUUAUUUCUUGAAGAACAAAUUUGUGAGGAGUUCUUUCGUGUCACAACCAAGGAUCUGUUGGGGACCUUUAGAGCAGCCUUGGAUAUGUACUCUCCUCAACUGCUUAAACUGUACCGUGCAAGAAAGGGAUCUUUCUGUCAAGACAUGGACACCCUCUUUGAAAAGCUUGAUGAACAGACGUCUGAUUUAGCACUGCAUCGAAAGAGAACAGCUUUGGAAGGUCUACCCAUAUUUGUACGAGAGAAUUCAAAGAAGCUUUUCCCAACAUGCCUGGUAACCGAAACGGAGGCUGAGCAGACCAAAGGUGUCAAGAUGGGUGUCCUCACUGUUCUUGAUGAUGAUGAUGCACCUUCCUUGAUGCCCACUGUCGCAAGUAUUGCCAUUGUGCUGGAAGAGGCCAUUGUUCUCACAGAUGUACCAGACCUUCCUACUGCGUUUGCCUACCUUUUUGGCCUGCUCUAUUCAUUGAACAUUGAGUUUCCAAAAGAACACAAGUAUACUUUUGAAACUAUUCAGCACAUCUUCAUGGACUUGACUCCUACUUGCUCUCAGCGUGUCAGGAGCUUAAAAACCAAGCUCCUUCUCCUAAAUUAGAAACUGAUCUUUUACAUACACUUUGCUGGUUGGCCUAAUCCGUCUGUCUGAAAUGUCAAGACAUUUUUGGCUUCACAGGUUAUAAAGGAACUUUUUUUCUGCCUUGGCCCCAAUGUUCAGGGCUUUAUACAGUGG